AUGAACGGUCUGAUGAGGAAGGAAAAUGAUUUCCAAGAUGCGCCCGCUACUCGAGCGCAGUUGACGGUUGGGCGCCCUUCACUAUCUGUCUCGCAGCCUUGCCUGCCUGUGGGAUUGGCUUCUCGCCCAGAUUACCAAAGAGUGCCUGUUUCUCAAUUGAUACAUGGACCGUCGCCUCUGUCUGCUACUCAAGCUGCACCGGGACACCGGCAUCGGGUGAAAUUCGAGCCUUCUCUUCUGCCUAAAAGUCAAGGAGGCCUUGAUCAGCCUGCGGUUCCUUCGAGCGCCCACUACUCACCACCAGUGGAGCACAAACACCUGGUCAUAAACGCUAACGAGAACUUGGUAAAGCCCGAGCCAGCAGCUGCAGACGAUCUAACCGCCCCUCAUGGCGAUCAAACCUACUGGAGUCUGGAAAACCUGCCUGACGUUCUUUACGUUCUUAGACCCAGGACGGACUACCGCAAAUCGAGACACCGUAUUUAUAAAACAACUAAUGCACUUACUGGAAAGCAGAUCAAUGACUUUGCUGUACUCCCGAGCCAAAUCUCCUCCAAUGUGGAAGGAUGGAGGCUCGAAGCCUGGAUGCGUUUGGACCGUCGCAUCACCCAGCAGGAUAUCAUCGACCGUGUCAAUCCCAAGUACACAUUGACCGCAGAGGAGAUUGAGUCUCGCAGGGAAAACUUUCGCAACACCUUCCACGUGGCUAAUUGGAAUGUGCAAAAGUCCAUCUGGGAUAUUGAUCGCAUGCUCAAGGCUAUCGGAGUUGAUACCCAGAAGAAUUCCACCAGGGGACUGACGCCUGGUUUGAUCGAUCCAUCAAAGGGUGAAGCUGGUGGACGCAUCCUGAUACCGGGAGAAAACAUCAUUCCUAUGAAGCAGGGAAGGACGAAUCUGAAAACCGCUUCCAGGAGCUUCGAUGAGAUGUGCGAGGGUCGCCGUCCUGACCUACUUCAUGCUUCGCAGGCAGAUUUAAGAAUGGAAUCGAGGAGCCGCGAGAUCGAAGCAGAGGAGAGGAUAUCGCAGCAAGAUUUUGUAAUGAAUACCCACACGAGAGCAACUGUAUCGCCGCAAAUUAAAACGAUUGACUCCACUCAUGUCGACUUCGAAUACCCAGAUGUAGAUGGCUUGACCCAUUGCAUCGAGCAUCCCACCCAACCCUUCCACGAUGAAGACGAUACUGUUGGUCGCACAAUGUCUUUGCAGAGAUUUUUGAAGAAGAACAACAUGUCAUACGAGGAUUGGCUUCUCCGCGAUUAUGAUGCUGUUGACAGAGAUACCCUGAAGCGUGGGCGCAAUGAAGAUUUGGAGUCUCAGGAGCCCGCAAACAUAACCACCAGCUCGAAGCGCAGACGUGUUGACAAUUCGGACAUUGAGGCGCCUGUGACCAUGGAAAACAACCGGAAGCGCAGACGUGCUGAGGAUAUGGAUGUCGCCGAGUCGGCAGCUGGCGACUAUGCUAGCACAAAGCGCAGGAGUCUAGAAACUUUGAACACUGGCGAGUCUGCCAAAAGAUCCAGCGAUGAUUUUUGGGCUACUGUCCUGAAAGGCUGA